AUGCCCAAAGUCUUCCUGGUGAAGAGGAGGAACCCAGGGGUCUCGGUCCGCAGCUGGGAUGACCUCCCGGAUGAGAAAAGAGCGGACGCCUACAUCCCAGUGGGCCUGGGCCGCCUGCUCCACGACCCCCCCGAGGACUGCCGCAGCGACGGCGGCAGCAGCAGCGGCGGCGGCAGCAGCAGCGCUGGGGAGCCUGGAGGAGCCGAGGGCAGCUCGUCCCCGCGCGCCCCGGAGCCCGGCGACGCCGAGGGCCCCGAUGGACACCUGGCAGCGAAGCAGCGCCCGGUUGCCAGGUCGAAAAUCAAGUUCACCACAGGCAUAUGCAACGACGCCGUGGUUCACAGCUGUGACUUAUGCGGCAAGGGUUUCCGCCUGCAGCGCAUGCUCAACCGUCACCUCAAGUGCCACAGCCAGGUAAAGAGGCACCUGUGCACCUUCUGUGGCAAGGGCUUCAACGACACCUUCGACCUGAAGAGGCACGUCCGCACGCACACAGGCAUUCGUCCCUACAAAUGUGAUGUCUGCAACAAAGCCUUCACCCAGCGCUGCUCCUUAGAGUCCCACCUGAAGAAAAUCCAUGGGGUGCAGCAGCACUACGCCUAUAAGCAGCGUCGCGACAAGCUCUACGUCUGCGAGGACUGCGGCUACACGGGCCCCACCCAGGAGGACCUGUACCUGCACGUGACCAGUGCCCACCCGGGCAGCGUGUUUCUCAAAAAGACAUCCAAAAAACUGGCAGCUCUGUUGCAGAGCAAGCUGAUGUCCGCACACCAGGAGAAUGCCAACCUGAAUGAGGAGGAGGGGAGGAAGUGA